UUUAGAUGACGAUAGCACCAUGAACCCAGCCAGUGGCGCUGCUGAAAACCGACAGCAUUCUCACAAUAAGAAACAGCAGCGAGCCUCUUCGCCGGCCAGGUUCCGGGAUAUUAACUCCAGACCCUCCAUAAAGACUUCGUUCGGUGCCAGAUCGAACACAUUGAAGCAGGGUUACCACCCGAGCCGGCUUUCCAACCAGGGAGCUGCAAACGUCAAAGAGAAAGCGAGCCGAGCCGGGGCUGCUGUCCGUCCUGUUGGUACUGAAAAGGAGAUCGCCGCGCCCCAGGACCUCCGGAAGGUGGAGGCGGAAAGCUGCCAUUUCGCCCAACGGAAGAACUCGGAUUUGUUCCUUGCGAAGAACGGCCGUGCAGGGGUCAACCCCGAGAAAGCAGACGGUGCGGUAAAGGCACCGCGGGGUAAACAAGGCGAGCAGCAGCAGCCGCCAGGAGGAGGGGGAGGAGGAGGAGGAGGAAGGGAGGCGGACGCCAGCUGGCAGCCAACAGUGGCAGAGCUGGAAGAGUGA